AUGAUAACCAAGUUCUACCAGCACAUCUUGGCCUUAGCAUUUACUGUAAACGAAGUCAACAAGAACCCCAGAGUGUUGCCCAAUAUUACACUUGGCUUCCACAUCUUUGACAGCUACAAUGAUGCAAAGAUGACCUAUUCUGCUACUCUGGACUUGCUUUUCGGUUUGGGUGAUUUGACUCCCAACUAUGAAUGUGGUAUCCGGAAAAAUGUAAUAGCUGUUGUUGGAGGAAUGACUUCUGAUAUUUCUUUCCGUAUGGCAGACAUCUUAAGGCUCUAUAAGAUUCCACAGCUUGCAUUUGGUUCAUUUGCGCCAGAAGAACAUAAUGUAACACAACUGCCUUUCUUUUAUCGUACAGUACCAAGUGAAACCCAUCAGUAUGAAGGGAUUGUCCAUUUGCUUCAACAUUUUGGAUGGACAUGGGUUGGCCUUUUUGUGGUGGAUGAUGACAACGGAGAACAUUUCUUGCAGGCACUAGAGCCUUUACUUUCCCAAAAAGGAAUUUGUUCAGCUUUCACAUUAAGGAUCCCAAGCCAGUCUUUUUUAUAUAUUGUUGAUGAAUUGAAACAUGUGACCAAAAAUAUUUAUCUACAUAUCCUGGACAGAAAAGCCAAAACAUGUCUUGUCUAUGGAGAAACGAUGACUGUGAUGUGGUUGAGUGUUUUAGUAGUUCUAGCAGAUCUGGAAUUUAGGGAAAAUGCAACGAAUGGAAAGGUAUGGAUUACAACAGCCCAGAUUGAUUUUGCAGUAACCAGACUUUUCACCGAUCAAAGUUUAAAAAUAUUCCAUGGCACAAUUUCCUUCUCAAUUUACACCAAACAACCUCUAGCAUUCCAGGCAUAUAUUCAGGACAUAAAGACCUAUGCAACAAAAAAUGAUAGUUUUCUCAAGGAAUUCUGGGAACAAGUCUUUGACUGUUCAUUUCCAGGUCCCAAUGUAUUAGAGAAGGACAAUAAACCAUGCACUAGAGAGGAGAGAUUGGAAAACCUUCCUGGGCCGGUUUUUGAAAAGGACAUGACUGGACACAGUUACAGUAUAUACAAUGCAGUCUUAGCUGUGGCACAUGCUUUGCAUACUAUGGAUUCAUCUAGAUCCAACCACAGAUUACUAGAGAGGAGUAGAAGACUUGGCAAUUUCCAGUCUUGGCAGCUUCAUCCAUAUCUUCAAAGCGUUUCCUUUAACAACUCUGUGGGAGAAACAGUGUUUUUUAAUGACAGAGGGGAACUGGUUGCUGGAUUUGACAUCUUCAAUCUACUCAUCUUUCCAAACAUAUCCUUCAAGAAAGUGAAAGUUGGAAGUGUGGGCCUCAAUUCCUUUGGAACGGAAGAAUUCAUGAUUGAUGAGAGUUUAAUAGAGUGGCACUGGAGUUUUAACCAGGUACGUCCCGUUUCUGUGUGUGUCUCUUGUCCUCCUGGUUAUCAGAAGAAAAAGAAGGAAGGAGAAAAAUUUUGCUGUUAUGACUGUGUUCCAUGCCCAGAAGGAAAGAUUUCAUUCAUAAGGGACACAGACAGCUGUUCUGAGUGUCCAGAAGAUCAAUAUCCCAGCAAGGACCAAGAUGGCUGUCUCCAAAAAGUCCGAACUUUCCUGUCUUACCAAGAGCCUCUGGGGAUCAGCUUCACCUUUGUUUCUCUUUCCUUCUCAGUGAUCACAGUUCUGAUCAUGGUCAUAUUUAUUAAAAAUAAAAAUACCCCCAUAGUCAAAGCCAACAACAGGGAUCUCAGCCACAUUCUCCUUACUUCUCUCCUGCUCUGCUUUCUCUCUUCUUUGCUAUUCCUUGGCCAGCCUGUGAAACUGACUUGCCUCCUCCAGCAAUCUGCGUUUGGCAUUGUUUUCUCAGUAGCUGUUUCUUCUGUCUUGGCCAAGACCAUCACUGUGGUUGUAGCUUUCAUGGCCACUAGACCAGGGUCCAGGAUGACAAAAUGGGUGGGGAAAAGACUGGCAAAUUCCAUUGUCCUCUCUUGCUCCCUCAUUCAAGUAGGCAUCUGUGCCAUCUGGCUAGCAACAUCUCCCUCAUUUCCUGACUUGGACAGGCAAUCUGUUACUGAAGAAAUUAUAGUCAAAUGCAAUGACGGGUCUACCAUCAUGUUCUAUCUAGUCCAGGGUUAUCUGGGACUUCUAUCUAUCAUCAGCUUCACAGUGGCUUUCCUAGCCAGGAAGUUGCCAGACAGUUUCAAUGAAGCUAAAUUUAUCAGUUUCAGCCUGCUGGUAUUUUGCAGUGUCUGGAUCUCUUUUGUUCCAACCUACCUGAGCAGCAAGGGGAAAAACACGGUGGUUGUGGAGAUCUUCUCUAUCCUAGCAUCCAGUGCUGGACUGUUGGUUUGUAUCUUUUUCCCCAAGUGCUAUAUUAUUGUGCUCAGGCCUGAGCUGAACAAAAAAGAACAACUGAUACAGAGAAAGAAUGUUUAA